AUGCGUCAGUUAACAGAAGAAGAAACUCGCGUUGUUUUUGAGAAACUGGCUGGCUACAUUGGAAGGAAUAUCAAACUGCUAGUGGAUAACAAAACUCAGCCGUUUGUUUUCAGGCUCCAGAAAGAUCGAGUAUAUUAUGUUCCUGAACACAUUGCCAAACUGGCAACCUCGGUUGCUAGACCAAAUUUAAUGUCGGUCGGUCUAUGUUUAGGUAAGUUCACCAAAACCGGUAAAUUUAGAAUCCAUAUCACGGCUCUUACUGUGCUGGCUGAACAUGCUAAAUACAAGAUAUGGAUCAAACCUAACGGAGAAAUGCCAUUUUUGUAUGGAAACCAUGUUCUCAAAGCACAUGUGGGUAAAAUGUCAGAGGAUAUCCCAGAACAUGCAGGUGUGAUAGUUUUCUCUAUGCAUGACGUUCCACUAGGAUUUGGUGUAAGUGCCAAGAGCACUUCCGAGUCGAGGAAUGUACAGCCUACUGGUAUUGUUGCAUACAGACAAGCAGACAUCGGCGAAUAUUUGAGAGACGAAGACACGCUUUUCACGUAA